AUGCCGUCUCCACGCCCAGGGGUCCUCCUCACCCUCGCCCUCGCCCUCGCCACGGCGUCCGCGUCCGCCCAGAAUGCAACCACCAAGCCGUUCUCAACCCGGAUGAUCGAGUCGGCCAUCAGCCGGCAGCAGGGCAUCGUGUCGUCGGGCCAGUCGACCAGCACGCUCGAGUCCGGCGUGCUCGCCCUGUCAACACAGGCCUGGCUUGAACUGUACGGGUCCUCCUCGCCGGACCAGGUUGCGGACUUCUCGGCGUACGUCGACGACAUCAUCAGCAGCAUCUCCGCGGAGCCGGCCUUCUCCAACGCCACAGCCGCCGCGCUGCUGCCCCUGGACAGGCUCACCAUCGCCCAGGCCCUGCUGGGCCUCGAGGACAGCCCCGGCGCCGGCGAGCUCACCGCCGCGGAGGUGCUGACGCUCGACACGCUCAACUCGUCCCUCGCGCUGCAGCGCCGCAACCAGUUCGGCGGGUUCUGGUAUUAUGUCUACCCGUACUGGUCGUACCUCGACGGGGCGGCGUCUUUCCUGCCGUACAUGGCGGAGCCGUCUAGCGCUUAUUCCACGGCGGACAUGCUGCUGCAGAUCACGCUGCUGUACGAGAAGUGCUAUCAGAACUCGACGGGCCUGACGGCCCACGGCUAUGAUGCCUCCAAGACCGCGGUGUGGGCCAACAACUCGACUGGCUCGUCGCCAUACGCCUGGGGUAGGGCCCUCGGAUGGUAUCUGACUGGGCUGGUCAACGCGUGGGAGGUGCUGACCGCGGAAGGCGGUGGCUGUGCCGGCAGCGGUGCGGGUGGUUGUGCCGAUUUGUUGGCGGCCAUCCGGAGCCAGGCGACCACGCUGAUGACCAAUUUGGUCCAGUAUGCCGACGAGGAGACCGGUGUCUGGUGGCAGCUGCCCGCCUUCCCCGGCCGCGAGGGCAACUUCCUCGAGAGCUCGUCCACGGCGCUGUAUAUCUUCUCGAUACUCAAGGGCCUGCGGCUGGGCCUGGUAGAGGAUAAUCAGCCGCUGGCGGACGUGGCGCUGCGGGCGUAUGAUUAUACAGCGAAUGAGUUUGUUGUUGAUUAUGGGAAUGGCACGCUGGGGUGGAAUGGUACUGUUAUUGUGUGCAGUCUGAACUCGACUGCUACUUAUGACUACUAUACUGGCCGGCCUGUUGUGUUCAAUGCGCCGCUGGGCGAGGCCGCGUUUGUUUGGGCUAGUUUGGAGGUUGAGAGGCUUGGGUCUUAA